AUGGCGGAGAUGGACAGGCAGUCGGAACAACUGAAAUAUGUUAAGAAAAAUGUAGAAAAUAGUAAUACGCUGGGGAGCGAACCUUGUAACGGCACAGCAGCCCCACGUGUGCCUAGAUGCAGCACGCCGGAGGAGAGCAGUGUGAUGGUCACUAACGUUCUCAACCUUGAGAAACUGGACACGGAUCUCUACAGAGGCAACAGUUAUUGGAUACCCAACACUCAGCGUAUGUUUGGAGGCGAGAUGAUGUGUCAAACGUUGAGGGCGGCUGCAAACUGUGUUCCGGAUCAGCUGUCCAUCCACUCCCUCCACUGUUACUUCAUAACCCCCGGCGACCCCACCGUGCCAGUGGAGUACCACGUGGAGCGGACCAGAGACGGCCGCAGCUUCUCGCUGCGCUCGGUGAAGGCCGUGCAGCACGGCAAGCCCAUCCUGAUGUGCCAGGCCUCCUUCCAUGCCCACCAGCCCAGCCCGCUAGCCCACCAGGUCACCAUGCCCACUGUGCCCCCGCCAGAGGACCUCCGCACCAUGGAGGAGCUCGUCAACCAGUUUGCAAAUGAUCACCACUUGCCAGAGAGGGACAGAGAAGCCCUUGAUCGAGUGGUGACUCCUGAGGUGCCGUUGGAGGUCAAACCUGUCAAUAUGCCGGCAUUCAGCAGAAGCGUGGCCAUCCAACCAAGGAAACUCCUCUGGGUGCGGGCAAAAGGCCAUAUUGGCGACGUGGAUAUUAGGCAGCACUGUUGCGUGGCGGCGUACCUAUCCGACUUCUCCCUGCUGGGCACCGCUGUGCUGUCCUACGCCGACUUCAAACCCCUCUUCUCUGCCUCGCUCGACCACGCCAUGUGGUUCCACAACUCCUUCCGCGCAGACGAAUGGAUGCUGUACGAGAUUGAGAGCACAUGGGCAGGACACACCAGGGGCUUGGUCCAUGGCCGGCUGUGGCGUCGGGACGGGGUGCUGGCUGUUUCCAUUGCCCAGGAGGGGUUGUUGAGGAUGGUCCCCCAGGGCAGUAAACUCUAGCUCAGCCCUGGAGCUCAAGGCCUACAGUAGACAAGAUGUUCGUCUCCAUUCUUUGCACAUGAACUAAACCCUGGCCUUCUGUCACCUGAGAAAGUGUACUAACAACUGAUGAGGAAAAGGUGCCACCAUUAGAGAUAUUAUUCCAUUAGGAAAUUAGCUCUGGAUGAAUGAAUGCAAAAGGGUGUUUUUCUGGUGUACCCCUACACAAACCCCACUUAUGGUGUUAUAAUGUUGCCAUUUUUAAAGAAGGAUAUUUCAAUGGGUUCAAUAAAAGCCUUUCUUUAUUACUUGUGGAUGUCAGGGAAUAUAAGGUAUAACUAUUCAGGAAAAAAAAUCUAUGCUAUUGGUACGCUGUACCAAUAUACUAAAUGUCAGCAGGACUUCACUGUGAAAGGAGGGUUAACGACUGUGUGAGUUAAUCUUGCACACAAGGGGUGAGGGACUUUGUAAUGUAUUUUUGAAUGAUGAAUGGCCUUUUUUGCUGGACAGACAUGUCUAUUUUAAUGAACACUGAUAGAGCUUGGAUGAAUAGCACUUACAAAUGGUUAGAACAGCUUAUACCACCAAGACAUUCAAUAAUGUUCAGCACCAGGGGAGUAUGCACACUGAUAUAAUGUUUUGGAAGGAGUACAGAGUGUUAGAUAAAAUGCCUAAACUUUUCUUUAAACAAAGGGAGAACUGUUAAGAGUGUAGAGUAAUAUAUUUUCCACAGGUAUUUUUGAGUGACCAAAAUGUAAAAAGCUAUUACAUUUUGGGUCCUUUUGCUAGAGAAACUUGCACAGUGUCUUAUUAUUGCAGGGUUAGUGAAUAUGUUUUGAUGUAUUUGGUGAUUUUGUAGAUUUCUAUAUACAUUUUUAUAAAAAUAGCCAACUAUUUUGCAGAAUAAUAAUGUUUUGGUAUAUAAUAGUCAAUAAUUGUACUGUGUGAGACAGUAUCAGAAUAAAUUUGUUUUAUUA